CACGUGGCAGCAGCAGAAUGACGUUAGUUUGAACUCUUCCUGCGAAUAAAUCCCCGAAAUACUCCACCGCACUGCGGGCUUAGAACUACUCCAGUCACCUCCCUCAGCAAUUUACAAAACGACAUCCCCCCCGAGUUUGCAAGAAGCUGCAUGCAUGUGGGUCUGCACGUAGCGUUGAGGGGAAAAAAAAGAAUCCAGCCCCGAGCGGGAGGCAGCCAACUGCGCGGUGAGACAUCACAGAUAGGACGAACCCCCGGUUCUUGUUGACUCCACCGACUACGUUAAGGAGAAAUCCUUCAGAGGAGGAGACGAGCAGGCUGCUCCCACAGGAUGCACCGGACGAGGAUGGAGCUACCAUGCUGGUGUUUGUUAUUGCUGAGCUGCCUGGAGUCGCUGUCAGCCAACAACGAUUUUUUUACAUCAAUAGGCCAGAUGACAGAUCUGCUGUACACAGAAAAAGACCUCGUCACGUCUCUCAAAGACUACAUCCGAGCCGAGGAAAACAAGCUGGAGCAGGUGAAACGGUGGGCUGAUAGGUUGGACUCCUUGACAUCCACAGCCACACAGGAUCCUGAAGGUUUCUUGGGUCACCCUGUGAACGCCUUCAAGCUGAUGAAGAGGCUCAACACAGAGUGGGGAAACCUGGAGAGCCUUGUACUUAGUGACACCACUGAUGGAUUUAUUUCCAACCUGACCAUUCAGAGACAGUAUUUCCCCACGGAGGAGGACCAAACUGGGGCUGCUAAAGCUCUUCUCCGCUUACAAGAUACAUACAACCUGGAUGCCAACACCAUCUCCACCGGAGACCUACCGGGAGUGAAGCACAAGAACCGCAUGACGGUGGAGGACUGUUAUGAACUGGGGAAAGUGGCCUAUGCUGAGGCGGACUACUAUCACACUGAGCUGUGGAUGGCCCAGGCCCUGAGACAGCUGGAGGAAGGAGAGGAGUCCCCUUUAGACAAAGUCACUGUUCUGGACUAUUUGAGUUAUGCCAUCUACCAGCAGGGGGACCUAAAGCGCGCGCUGGAAUACACCAAGAAGCUGCUUCAGUUAGACCCAGAGCACCAGCGCGCCAACGGCAAUCAGAAGUACUUUGAGUUCCAGUUGGAGAAGCAGGAAAAGCAGGAUGAGACAGCCGAAAAAGAAACCCAACAACAGGACCGAGAGAAAAGAGACACAACCCAAAAGAAGAAGAAAAAGCAGUCUCAAAAGUCUCUCUCUCUGAUCCCAGAAAGGAAGAAGUAUGAGAUGCUUUGUCGAGGAGAAGGAGUCCGGAUGACAUCUCGCAGACAGAGCAGGCUGUUCUGUCGUUACUACGACAACAAACACAACCCUAGGUUUGUGCUGGCGCCUGUUAAGCAGCAGGACGAGUGGGACCGCCCCUACAUCGUUCGCUACAUCGACAUCAUCUCCGAGGCGGAAAUGGAUAAAAUCAAGCAGUUGGCCAAACCACGGUUAAGGCGCGCCACGGUGCAUGACCCCCAAACUGGGAAACUUACCACAGCCCAUUACCGAGUCUCCAAGAGCGCUUGGCUCACUGCGUACGAAGAUCCCGUGGUUGAAAAGAUUAACCAGAGGAUUGAAGAUCUCACAGGGCUGGAAAUGGACACCGCAGAAGAGCUGCAGGUUGCAAACUAUGGUGUUGGAGGACAAUAUGAACCUCACUUUGACUUUGGAAGGAAAGACGAGCCAGAUGCCUUUAAGGAACUGGGUACAGGGAACCGCAUUGCAACGUGGCUUUUCUAUAUGAGUGAUGUCUCUGCAGGGGGCGCCACAGUAUUCCCUGACGUUGGUGCAUCAGUUGGACCUCAGAAGGGUACUGCUGUGUUUUGGUACAAUCUGUUUGCCAGCGGGGAGGGCGACUACAGCACCCGACACGCAGCCUGUCCAGUGUUGGUGGGCAAUAAGUGGGUAUCAAACAAGUGGAUCCAUGAAAGAGGACAGGAGUGGCGGCGACCUUGUGGCCUGAGUGAAAACGAGUGACGGAGGGAAAACGACGCCCUAACCCUUCAAAUCCUUGUCCUUAUACUUCCUUUUUAUGCACCGGGAAACACUGCUACAGAUGAUACACGAAAUCCAAACGGCUCCCUCUGCCCACAAUUAUUUGCUAUUUGUUAUUUUUUUCUCCAUGCACCGCCAGACUCUGAGCCUAGAGAUUAUUCUGACUAAGUCGAGCCCCUGGACAGAUUCAGGAUCACGCUGGCAGACAGCUUGUUCUUCAGGCUGGUGAAUGGUUUAGAGAAACACUCCAGCUUGGUUCACUCCCACAUGUCAUUCUUUGCACUCUCACUGAACAGCAGUUCUGUGGUAAAACUACCCUCCAGUGGUGACUUGCAGGGACAAACUUCCUCCUUUCUAUUUCAAACCUAUAAAAAAGGGCUGUUGGUAUUUUUAAAAGGCACUGUCUGAAAAACCUCAAUCAUUUAAGCAAUGAAGAUGUCCUACAGCUUUACUUUUUUUUUUUUUUUUUUAGUCUCUUCUUCCGGCUAUUUUUUCUUUCUUUUAUGCUUUUAUAUGGAAUAUAACUUUUACAGAGUAGCUACACUCCACGACUUUGAAGUUGUAUUUUUAAAUAUAAUAUUGGAAUGAACGUGUGCUGGAAAGUACUACUUUGGAAGUAAAAUUAAAGGUGAAAAUCCGUUACACUCAAAAAUCUGACAACUUUGCCAUGUCACAGUCUGAGUAACAACAUAACUAAA